GAAGUGGCAGUCCAAAGUCCAGUUGCCUGCUGGUUUAGUGCUAUGCUUCAUUGCUUUGGUGGUUCAGUUUUGGCUUCGUUGAUGCUUGCAGAACCUCCAGUAGCAUUUCUGGCGAAGACCACAAAUAUUCUACUGGCAUCUUCAGUCUGGUACUUUGUAUUUUACUGCCCACAAGACCUAUUCUGCCGGUGCUUUGCCUUUCUGCCUCUUCGGCUCCUGGUUGCAGGAAUGAAAGAAGUGACUAGGACUUGGAAGAUACUGGCUGGCAUUGCACAUGCAAACAGUCACUUCAAAGAUGCCUGGUUUCUCAUGGUUGCUGUGGGCUGGGCCAGAGGAGCUGGUGGUGGCCUAAUUUCCAACUUUGAGCAGCUAGUGAGAGGAGUGUGGAAACCUGAAACCAAUGAACUGCUGAAGAUGUCCUACCCUGUGAAAGUGACUUUGAUAGGAGCUGUUCUUUUCACCCUGCAACACAGCCAGUACUUGCCAAUAGAGAGACACGACCUUAUGUUUUUAUACAGCAUCUUUCUUGUUGUCUCCAAGGUAACAAUGACGUUGACAAAAUCUUUAGCUUCUCCAUUUGCUCCCUUUGAGGCUGCCUUAGGCCAUAUGUUCUUUGGCUUGCAAAAGACACCAUCCAAAGUGAGGGCUGAAGGUGCCUCAUCUUCCAGCGGCUCUUCUGAUGGUGACCGGUCUUCUGAACAGCCCCGUGAUGGUGUUAGGAAAAGACAAGCAAAUAAAAGUGAAUAA